GAAUGACAGAAAUAAUUGAUAGUUUAAUUCACAAGUUUGUGAAUGAACCACUUCCUCUUCCAUAUGAGCAAAUCCCAGCCUUGGACAAGGCUCGUAACUAUAUUUUAAACUUUACCUUUGAUAAACACGAUCCAUUCAAUAUGAGCCAAUUUUAUCCAACAACAAUUCUCCCAGUAUUGUCAUAUCUUGCCAUGAUCUUUAUUUUGAAGAAGAUUUUCCACAAUAGACCAGUUGAUUUCAAGGCCAAUCCAAUUCUCUAUGGUUUUGGUUUUAUUCACAAUGUAAUUUUAAGUUUUGGAUCCUUGCUCAUGUUCUCCGGAAUGAUGUACGGAUUUUUACAAGUUGUCUUGUCUAAAUAUCUCAUUGCAAAGGAAACUCCUGUUCAAUCCUUCUUGAUUGGUAUUUGUAAUAGCAGUGGAAGCUAUUGGAACAAUCAAUACGGUACUGCUUUCUGGAUUUGGGUCUUUAUGGUUAGUAAAUGGUGGGAAUUUGUUGAUACUUUCCUUUUGUGUAUGAAGGAUAAGCCACUCCAAUUCCUCCACGUCUGGCAUCAUGCUACUGUUCCACUCCACAUGUAUCUCAUGUUGAUCUCUGAAUGGGACCCAGCUGUUUUUGGUUUCUGUUUCAAUGCUUUUGUUCACGUUAUCAUGUAUUAUUACUAUUUGCAACAAUAUAGAGGUAUUGAUUGUUGGUGGAAGAAGCUUGUCACAAUUAUUCAAAUUGUUCAAUUUGUUGUCUGCUUUGUCAUUUUAGGUAUUUCAUUGAAUAGCGAACAUUGUGAUUUGGAAUCAUCUCAACCACGUAUUGCUUUGGCUUCUACUUUCACUUUGUACCUUUCUUAUUUGGUUUUGUUCAUCAAAUUCUAUGCUUCAACUUACAAGAGAAGACCAAGAGCAAACAAGGAAAAGCCAAUUGAAGAAAAGUCAGCUGAAGAAAAGAAGAUUCAAUAAUUCUUUUAAAAUACAUAAAUUAUUAUUUAUAUUUAUUUC